AAAAUUUCAUUUCAGUCAAAUUUCAUUGGCAGGAAAGUUUAUUGUUUAUUUGAAUUUAAAAUUAAUUAAAGAAUGUUUAACUAGCAAUAAGUAUCUUAAGUUUUACCCUAAACCAGUCCUAAUGCUGUGAUUUUGUUGGAAUUAUUUCAAGUUACACCAUUUCAAUGUAUUUCAAGAGAUUAAUUAUAAUAAUAACGUAAACAGACGAAAAAAAGAAAAAUAAUUUCAUAAUGGAAUUCAAUCAAAAUAAAGAGUUACUAAGCAACACAUUGGCAUUGAAUGUUGCUUUACAAACGAUAAAGGAACGAUGUGUACAUCUUCAGAAACGCUUAUAUGCACUGGAAUCGGAAAAUUCACGAUUGCGACUUAAUUCCGUAUCAAGCGGUGACAAAUUGAGUGAAUCACGCAAAGAUAACUCAUUGAUAUCGGAACUAGAAAGCUUGCGUGCUAAAAAUGCUGAGCUAACUUUGCAAAAGAGUCAAUUGACAGAAAACUUGUCUAUGAUAUCGACCGAGAAUCGUAAACUUUGGAAGCGAUUAAGUCACUUAACGAAAGAAAACAUUACCGAAGCUGAUCUCACAAAGGAUGAAGCAAUAGAUGAUGAUCAUUUGGGUGCAAAACAUGCUAAUUUAAUUAGAUCUAAAACAUUUACACAAAAUUCACCGCAUCAAUUGUUGCGUGAGAGAAUUGCAGGCAAAAACAUUGGUCCAGAUCAUGAUGAUAAUGAUCUUGAGGAUAUCUCGUUAAUUAAUGACUGUACAUUUACAGCAAGUACUGAUAAGUUCAGUAGCGAUAUUAGUGAUUCUGUUGAGAUUGAGACGAGAUCAUGUGCUGAAGGAUUGCUCAAUAUCAAAAAGGAAAUACUUAAACAGAAUAGCGAUUUGAAAGUAGCUUUAAGUAACUGGAGAAAGCUUAAAAAUUCAGAUUUUUGUUCAUGUAAAACAUCGUCAAAAACAAGCGAGACUAGUAAGAAGCCGCAAAUGAGUGAUAAAAUGGUCAUGACAGAGCGUGAUUUAACAUUAGAGUUUCUCGUUGACCAGGAUCCAGCGAGUAAUUUUGAAACUGUUAAACAAGAAACAACAGUUCUGGCUGACCUCAUUGAAAAGAAAAAGGUAGCCGAUUUGGCAGAGAAGAUUUGCCCAAUGUGUGGAAAGUUCUACGCCCAAAAUAUUUUAUUCGAGGAGUUUCUUCAGCACGUUGAAUCACAUUUCAUGGACAGUGAUAUUGAACAGCUCAGCUUGGACCACAAUUUUGAAUUAGUAUCACAUUCUGUUGGAAACUUUUAAGUUUAAUUGACUGCAGCAACCUUCAGUUCGAUUUCUUGACUACUUUAUUACUCUUCAAUUGAUUAAUUAGUUUAAAAAUAAUUUUGUUAUUCAUACUUGACUAUGUUUAAUGCUUCCAUACGAAUUAGUAAGUAUUUAUAGAAUAAAUUGAACAUAUUCAACCGAUAUUUGAUGGCUUUCCUACUAUUGUGGAACUAAUAUCCAGCUCUUUUGUUUCAGCAUUUGGUUGUGUUGAUUUUUGCAUUAGAUUCUUGCUAAACCAUUGUGGACGAGCCUUUUCCAUCUCUACAAUUCGCUUGCCAUUCCAAAAUUCUGGUGAUUGUUGAGCCUUCUCUCCAUCAUACAGUACAACGACUUCCUUGUCUACUGGAUCUAAUUUUAAUUCCUUAAUGAUCUUCUCCUUAAUUUCAUUCGUCUCGUCUUUGAUCUUUGCAUAACAAUUAGGACAUAGGCAAUCUCUCUCAUGAUAAUGUCCACAAGCGUUACAGACUUUAAUGUAAGGCUUCUUUUGUAAUGUUUUUAAACCUUCAGGUCCUCCACGAUAAGGAAUUCCAAUUUUCCUUGUUUUCCUUACUUCUAGUGUUCUUCUAAACACCGGAACUGCAAAGAGGAAUCCAUCGCCUAUUAAAUCCUUUAAUGAGAAUGGUUGUUUUGAUGGAACUUCUGGAUGUUGAUUUGCU